GUAUCUUUCACCUUCCUCGACAGAUGCAGACUACUUCAGUCAAUGCGUGUCUGUUUGGAAUGAGACUUUUCCUCAGGCUCCACCAUUGCGGAUCUUCACUUCGGAGCAAAGACCGUGUGGCUUUCUUUACUAUUUGAUUAUUCAUCGUUUCAAAAGUUAACACUCUAAGCCAACAUGGCAUUGAAAUCAGUUGUGAGCUGUGGGAAGUGCAAGAAGUAAAUGAGACACAGAUAAAGGAAAGAAAUUUUUUUCUGAAUUGAGUUCAAGAUAUCAGCGAUUGGUCAACUAGAAACUUCCAUGACAGCAAUCAUGACACAGUAUGUGACUACAGCUUCAUUACGAAAAGCAGUUGAUUCAGGGAACUGGUUCACCGUCAAAGCACUGUUGAAUAAAAGACAUGUGAGCAAAGAUGUUAUUGAGAAAUCUGGUUUACUGCAUAAGCUGGUGACCAGCACUGACAUCAGCUUAACGCUCAUGAAAGACAUUGUGGACAAGAUCUGUUCACAUCAUGUCGACCUUAACUCUCUGGACGAAGGAGGUAUGGGAGUUCUGCACAGACUUUGCAUGUCCUCUGAUACUGAGCAUGAUGAUAUCCUAUUCCUUCUGCUCAAAAAGGGCGUCAAUAUUAAUUUAACGAACAUUGACAAUGACACGCCUCUACAUGUUGCUGCUAAAUGCGGGAGCUGGCGGAUGAUGAUUGCUUUACUCCGUCGAGGGGCAAAAGGUGGUGUUGCAAAUAAAGAGAAGAGAACUGUUUUACACAUUUUUGCUGAAUAUUUUCCCUCGCUUAAGACACUUUCCCAAAAGUACAUUGACAACAUCUUUACACUGCUGAAGAAAACGUCUCUACAUAUAGAUGCCGUUGACUGUGAAGGCAACACCGCCCUCCAUGUAGCAGUUGGACGAGGAAAAAGUCUCAUUGCGGAGAAGCUGCUGACGAUUGGAGCUCGUGCUGAUGUUGUAGAUGCAGACGGUAGAACUGUGCUGCACAUCAUGGCGACACAAACACACGAAUAUUCCUCGUCCUUUUUGAUGCAAAUUGUGAAAUGUGGAGCAAAACUAGAAAUUAAGGACUGCGCGGGAAAUACUGCUUUCCAUUUAGCUUCCAUCUAUGAAAACUGGCAUUUCCUGGAAAUGUUUACAGAUACAUUUGUAUCCAAAACUGACGACAAUCAGAUUCAUUUUUCUUUCAAUGAUGAGUUGCGUGCAGCUGUCGAAGGGAGACGUUGGCAUGUCGUGAAAUGGAUGGUAAAGUACUCCACGGAUAUCAACAAACCUGACAGCCAGGGACUUACACUGUUACAAACACUCGCGCAGUUCAACUCUGACAAAAACGUGGAUGAAGCAUUCUCUUUACUAGUAGACAGGGGGGCAGACUUCACGGUUCAAACCAAAGAUGGCGAAAACUUGCUGCAGUUUUCCAUUAGACACAACAACUGGCUUGUUGCAGAGCGCUUAGUAAGGAUUGGGUUUGGCUUCUGCGAGCUUGACAGCGAGGAACGACUUGGCCUUCUUCAAAGACUUCUUGAACAAAAAGCGAAGCAGCCAACAUCACUUUUCAUUCUCCUCUGUAACAAUGCAGCCAAUAUUACAGUUCGUACUCAAAGUGGGGACACAUUAUUGCAAAUGGCAGCAAAGCAUGGCAAUAUAGCUAUGGUUAAAUAUCUGGCUCGCAAGUCAUGUAGAGAGACUUUAAACAAACUCGACAGUGAAGGUUUUAACAUUUGGCACAGACUAAUGCAGCAUCAAUAUGAAGAAUCGAGCGAGUGUCGUUCUAGAGAGUCGCCUUUACUUUCUGUUGUUAACCUUUUAAUAAGCAAAGGAGCUGACCUUCUGAGCCAAUGCACAACAGGCGACACGAUACUGCAUCUAGCAGCCAAAAACAAUCACUGGGACAUAGUUAAUCAUCUUGUUGAGUUUGGGUUUGAUGUAAACGAGGCUGACAGCGAGGGCCUGUGCCUUCUACACAGACUUGUAAAAUCUAAAGAAGACUUCCGAUGUUCUUCGUGCAAACUUAUUGAAAAUGCAUCGUAUAGACUUUUCCAGAAGCUUCUCAGGAUGGGAGCCGAUCCCUCCUUCCGUACUCACAGUGGUGACCAUGUCGUUCAUUUAGCGGCAAGACAAAGAAACUGGACAAUGGUCCUUCACUUUUUUGACCAACAAAAGGAUGUUAUUAAUGAGCUUGACAGUGAAGGGUUUAACAUCCUCCACAGGCUGGUUCAGGACAAUGUCACAAAGAGGAAGAGCUCACUUUUAGUAAAUUUAAUAAACAAGGGAGUCAAUCCGAACAUAUCAUCUCCACACGCCGGAAGUGCAUUGAACAUGGCGGUGAAAGCCCAUCAGUGGAGUUUUGCCAUACUUCUGGUGGAGAUGGGCGCUGAUUUAGAUUCUCAAGAUCCUGAAGGUAACACGGUACUGCACGUUACUGCAAAGAUGAACAACUGGUCCUUUGUAGUAUAUUUGUUAAAGAAAGGUGCACAUGCAAAGCUCCCGGACAGCGAAGGAUAUACUGUCUUACACAGGUGCCUUAGUGCUAGGAGGAACACGUGUGGACAAUUACAUCAAGACUGUGACACUACCAUGGAUCUUAUUUUAAACAGUGAUGUUGAUGUGACAAUCCAAGAUCCCGAAGGAAACUUAGCGAUUCAUCUACCAGCAAUAAACGGAGACAUGACUCUGGCCUAUAGGCUGAUAAAUACUUCUGUGAACUUGGAUUUAAGGGACAACGAAGGUUUUACAUGGCUUAUGAGAGCUUCACAACAACCGUCACCGGAAGAAGAACGUGUGAACUCUAACAGCGACACUGUAAGUGUUAUUAAACAAUUACUGGACAGUGGGGUCGACCCUGAAGCCCGUUCUCCCGAUGGGAUGACCGCUUUUGAAAUGGCUGUCCAGUGUAACAACUGGCCUGCAAUACUAGCGCUUCUUCCUCGAUGUGAAGUGAAGAUCGGUGACAAUGUUUCAUUGACGAAGGCACAGUACCUUCAUGAGCUGGCUAAACAAAAAGAUAUUCGUGAUGAGGAACUAAGGUCUUUCACGAAAACGUUACUAGAACAUGGCCUGAACAUCAACGAAGUUGACAGCCACGGUCGUUCACCUUUGAUCGUUGCAGCAAAACAUCAAAACUGGAAUUAUGUUGUUUUGCUAUUACAGUAUGGCGCAGAAGCAAAUGUAAAUGUCGACAACCAAUCUCUUUUAUAUUUUAUUAUUUCUAACCAUAAAGACAUUCCGCUUGCAUUACUUACGGCUUUGCUGGAUGCCAUAAGGUCUCGGGGAGUCGACUUCAAUAGUCGGGAUUAUAAAGGAGGGACAAUCUUGUUUGAAGAAAAUGUGUACUCUACUGUCUCCGAUGGACAGGAUUCUUCUAGCUCAUUGUUUAGUUUACUGGUCGACAUAGGAGUAAACCCUUUACUUGUUGAUUGUAAAGGACGCUCACUGCUCCGAUUCGCUUUAGAUUUACAUGGAGCUUUGGCAUUAAACCUGGUGAAAUUUCUCGUGCAAACUGGAGUAACUACCAUCAACCAAGGUAGUCACACUGCAGCUGACAUCAUCUGGGCUGACAUAGUCUCCAGUGUUGGAAAGCACCAAAGUCACCAUCCAGCGGCGCUCGUGGAGUCCACAUCCCAGUCUAAGAUGCCUUCAGGUUAUGUUAUAAGCCAGAACAUGCCUUCCUUAAGCGACAGCCUGACACUUACAAAAAAGACAGCAGAAUUAACAUCAGCUGCUGAAUCUGCAGCUUGGACUCUUAUUGGCAGCUUGCUGAGUGCUGAUAAUGUCACAAAGUGUGACAUAGAGCAGAGUUUUCUGCUCCAUAAACUGGCAGCAGCACCGGAAGUCGGUCUCUCGCUUGCACAAGGCAUACUGAAGAAAAUCUUAAAACAUGAAGUGGACAUCAACAUGAUAGAUAAAAAUAAAGAUACAGCUGUCGUGGUGGCUGCUAGAUGUGACAACACAAAGAUGGUGAUGGAGCUUCUAUCCCGACAGGCAGCUUUACCACCUGAUGUAACACACGUGUGUUCUUUCUUGCAGACUCUGACUAAGAACUGGAAACCACAAGAGACGCCUUAUAUGCACGCGCUUGUUGUCAAACUGCUGUGGGACAGACUACAAGACACAGCACUACACAGCUGUCACAAACAACUUCACCACACACUGGUCCGACUGGCAGUCACGUUUCACACGUCACUUGUACGUGAAAUGUUUGUAACAGAACAACAAGUGAACUCUCUAGACAGUGAGGGGAUGGCCGUGUUACACAGGUUAGCCAUGUUUGAUAGCGAUGACCAUAUCCGCCUUUUGCACUAUUUCAUCAGCAAAGGGGCAAAUGUCAAUCUACAGAAUACUUUCGGUGAUACACCUCUACAUAUUGCUGCCAAAAAUAGCAACUGGAUGAUGAUGGAGGCUUUGUUACACCGACAAGCUUACAGUGAUGUGACUAAUUGUGAACAGUUCUCAGUCUUACACAUAAUGGCUUCUUACACAGAUUCUAAACCUUUUUCGAAAAUUGACCAGAUAUUUCAAUUGUUAAUUUUCAACAAUAACAAUGUCAACAAAAAGGACGGCGAAGGAAACACAGCCUUACAUCUGGCAGCCCUCGCCGGUAACAUAACGUUUAUGAAGACAUUGUUAGAUCAUGGUGCUCGUGCUGAGGGUGUUAAUGACGAGCAGAAGACAGUUCUACACAUGAUGGCCAUGACAAAAAGAGAAGUGUUCUCCAAUAUAAAUCCCUGCAUAAACGUUUUAGUGCUGACUGUAAAGAGAGGCGCAGAUAUUCAACAAAAGAAUUGUGAUGGUAACUCUGCUCUGCAUCUUGCUGCUAAACAUGACAACUGGGGCUUGGUGGAAUUUUUGUUGAAGUAUGUUGACGAUGCUGCUCAGCCUGACAGUGAAGGCUUCAACAUUCUUCACAGACUUGCCAUGGUGAUAUCUUUGCAAGGCCGCAGUUUGUUUCACAAGGUGGCUCAAAAAGUUGGUGACAUCAAUGCAAAAAGUAAACAGGCGAUACAGCCAUACACCUGGCUGCAAAAUGUCAGAACUGGGACAUGCUUGGCGCUGACUACACCUGUCGUGAUCAAAACGGCGACACUGUGCUGCACCUGGCUGCCAAAUAUGGCCACUGGAAGAUUGUCGAAACACCUUGCAAACCUUGGGGCAGAAGCAGACACACCAGAUAGCGAAGGGUUUUCGGUUCUUCACAGAAUAGCAGUAACAGACAGAAGUCAUUUAGUUCCUGUUGAAGAAUUCGCACAGCACGGUACAUCUAUAAAUCAAAAGAAUCCGCAAGGAAACACACCUCUUCAUCUUGCUGUCAAAAAUAACAACUUGGAAGUGGCCAAAGAACUCGUAAAAUGCGGGGCAGGUGUUAACGAUGUCGACGCCGAAGGCUUCACAGUCCUUCACAGGCUAGGACAGAGACAAAAUUAUGAUGACUUAUGUAAAUCGCUACUUGAACUCUUGCUUGAAAAGGGAGCUAGGUGUGACAUUGAGUCAAAUAAACACGAGAGUGUUUGCGAAAUUAUCGUUCAAAAUGAAAACUGGAGCAUGAUGAAAUGUUUGCUUGAUCAAGGAACACUUGUAUUCAGAGAAUACGAAGCCAAAUGUCUUUUGCACCAGUUAGUUUGCAGUCACCAUGGAGACGACUACACUAAUGUUUGUGACCUACUGAUUGAGAAAGGAUUGUCUGUUAAUACUAAAAAUUGUGAUGGUAACUCGGUGCUUCACCUCGCAGCAGUUGCAGGUAACUGGAAGUUGGUGGAACAUUUGAUACAAAAAGGUGCACGUGAAAACAUGGUAGACAGCAAAGGUUUGUCCAUUUUGCACAGAUUUGUUACUGAUGCAAAGAGAGAAAUGUACAAUUAUGCCCAUUCUCUGGAUACGAUCAUCGCUUCUAGUGUUGACUUAAACGCCUUGGACCCUCGGGGUAACACAGCAUUACAAAUUGCAGCAAAACGUAGGCUGAUGGGCAUUGUGGACCGCCUAAUAGACAGCACUGAAAAUCCAAACACAAAAGAUGAUGAGGGCUUUACUCUUCUGCUGAGAGUAUCACAAACGCCCUCGCCAGAAUGUCUUUCUAUUUGUCAGCGUCUGGUGCAGAAAGGUGCUGACAUCAACAUCUGCUCCCCAGAUGGCGAAUCAGCUCUUCAUCUUGCUUUCAAAAACAACAACUGGCCUGUAGUAGAAUUACUGAUGAACAGCGGGGCUCGAUUUGAGGUUGAAAUUUUGGAAGGUCUUCAUCCUGUGCACAAUCUAAUAGAACAUUUCACAUCUUCAGAGGACAAUCAACUGACACUGAUGACAUUGUUAACACAGAGUGGAUUUUCGGUUAGCACACAAGAUUCAAAGGGAAAGACACCAGCAGAACUGGCAUUCACACUCAAAAAGUGGAAACUUCUCAAACACCUUUUAGAAUCAGGAGCUCAUUUAAUUCUCAGAAAGGGAAACUCAUAUUUUCAUGAAUUUGCAAAAUGCACUUCUCCUGAAGACAUGACCGAUAUUACACGUCUCUUGCUUAGCCGUGGUUUCGACAUAAACCUCAGAAACGACGAGGGUGAUACGCCUGUCCAUGUGGCGGCUGAUAAAGGCAACUGGGACACUGUAAAAACAUUUAUGGAGCACGGCGCCAAUACAAACAUGCUUGACACUAGAGGUUAUUGUCUGCUUCAUAAGCUUCUUAACUGUGAACGUUUUGGUGACCAGGUUAUUGUAAGGGCCGUCUAUCUACAAAUCAUACGUAGAACUCGUAAGGACAUUAGUAACACACGGCGAAGACGUCAACCGCCGAGGGCCAGACAACAAGACAGCCUUGCAAUUAGCUGUUGGCAACCACGAAUGGAAGAUGGUCGGAGAGUUAAUUUCAUUAGGAGCUGUUUUUGAACUCAGUGAAGAUGAAAAACUGUCAGCCUUGGAACACCUCUUAUUGUUUUGAUUGGGAAGGUGUCGCCAGGGAAAAGUUGUAUCCUUUCUUAAAAUACAUUACAAAUGAUGGUUCUGCUAUUAACAUCUCUUUCCAAGAAGAACACGGAUAUGUUGACCCCAAAACUUUGCUGCGGAAAGAGCGUAGAGAAUGCUAAUUGGAAGAUGGCAAUUGCCUUAGUUGAAUAUGGAGCAGACGUGAUUCAGAUGCUCAGAGAUGAGGCGCUCUUAGAGCUGAUGAUGUCCAGAUAUUUGCAGGUUGAUCACAAAAGGUGGAUGUGUUUUCUUGAUUUAUUGAUUUCCAGAGGUCUUGACAUCAAUACCAAACUUACAGAUCGAUCUGGAAUACUCCUCUAUGAUGAAGCUGUCAGAAGCUUAGGAGAAAAUAAAGAGAAUGUUACCAGUUGUUUGUUCAGUGCACUGCUGGAAAGGGGAGCCGAUCCACUUCUUGUCGACUGUAGAGGACACACACUACUCAGAACAGCCAUGGACUUUGAUGGACAGCGCACUCUGAAUGCUCUAAAGAAACUUCUUCCUGCUGGGGUGACAACGCAUCAACCGAGGCUUACAGAGGAGAGUUUGCUUUCGCACAGAAGUUCCUCUAAAGUAACUGUCUCGCCCACAGAAAGAGCGGUACAGCUCCGACACAUCUCCGCAGUCAAGCUACUGAUCCAAUCAGGCGCAAGUUCAAACGCAGAGUUAUUUCGUUUGAAUACAGAAUACCAAGUGAAGCUUGCUGGAAGAGCAGACACGAAUGACAAUAUCAGAGAGCUCCUUCAGGUUUUGAAUGAUGCUGCCAGUGAGCCCCACUCACUUCAAUCACUAUGUCGUUUAUCGGUCUCACAUUGGCUUGGUUGUGGGCCUGGCAGGGCAGACAAACUCAAAAACUUGACGAUUCCUUCUUUGUUAAAAAACCUUAUAUCUUUUUGUGAUUUGCUGUCCACAGAUCUUUUUUUCAAUGAAAGUGAAGAUUUCAUCCCGAGAUUCUCAGAAGGCAAUGGUGACUUUAUUUCCAUUAACUAUUACAGGUAUAAUGAUGGCACCCUAUUCUGUGGAAGCAUGUCCACUCUUACAUCUGAUUCAGAUGACCCAUAUUAUUCUGGCGGUGAAUAUAACUGACCCUUCCAUUCAAAUUUUGACAUUUUUAGAUUAAUCACAUACCUGCACAUCAACUUCGACAACAGCUUCAUUGUCAUCAUCAUCCUCAACAACCUUUGUUACAUCAAAGGGACCGACUUAAGCAAAGACUCGCUGACCGAGUUUGGUACAACGUGUGUACAGUCGUAGUGUAUCUGAUGCUAAAUUAAAUAUACAGGAUUGUGUCAGGAUGUUGAGACUAAAAGAAAGGUUAUUAACAAACUGAUGUUGCUGAAAAAGAAAUUACUGGAUCUUAUUCCGACCACCAUUCUAAUCUUCACCAAGUUAUAUCAUCAUCAUCAGUAUUAUUACUAAUUCCUUCUUGUAUAACCCUUUUUCUCCGUCUUUCAAAAACAUUUUUAUGAUAUUUUUAGUAAAAGUAUAAAACUACCCCAAGAAUCAGAAGAACCAUCGUUAAGGAUCCAGUCUUCCUGCUUAUCUAUGAAACUUGUCUUUCACGACUGCUGCAUCACUUCACUAAGCUAAAGUCCCUUAAACCAUUUCAGUCGGCUUGUUGUGAACACCACUUAUUAACACAGCUAUGAUAAAUGAUAUGAUGUAACUUUUGAAAUGAUUUCAGGAAAUAUAUUCUACUCUCUCAAUUAUUUGAUUUUGACUAACAAGUUGAAUCUUCAUGGAGCUUCAUAACCGAAAUACUUCUUGUGAUCGAGGUCAGAUUACAGUUCUGUUGAAAUUUGAUCUGUUAGUUGCUUUUAACACUGUUGACCAUCACAUUCCAACAAAUUCAAUCAACUUUCCAUCUUUGUUGGACUAAUCAUGAUCAACCGUAUGUUCCGUAUGUGUUGCUGUAUAUGCCCAUGUUUUGAUAUCAUUUAUUAUUUAUGUGUUACAAGAUAAAACAAUUAUAUUUCAGGAAAACAAUUACUUUAUUUUGAGCAUGAUUUGAUUGAACGUUUUAAAAUGUGCUCUUUUUUCUAUGCACCCUACUUGUAUUUGUAGACUUAUGAAGAUUGUUGUUUGAACAUUUCAGUUAUAUUACUCAUACGACUUCUUAGUAUGAAUAGGUUGGCAUUAUAUUGGAAAAUAUGCAUUGUUUAUGCAUAAAAAAGUGAACAGAUUUUCAAAAAAUUGCAAGCAUCGAUAAAUGCUAUUUUUGUGUCUGAAAAUUUUUCUGCAAAAUUUUUUAAACAAUUCUGUUCUACGUGACAAAUUUCACUUUCUUUUAAGUGAUUUGGUUUGUCACAUUUACACAAGAACCAGAAACAAAAGGUAUAAGAUGUUCUUUAGUUAUCACUCAUUGAAGCCAUUGAGCAAUCAGAGUGGUUGCAUAUUAUUUCUUGCAAAGUUGAUGUGCACUUUAUCAUUCACCAAAAGGAUAAAUAUUUGUUAUCCUGUUUGACUAUUCAAAGCUUUAACAGCUUUCGGUAGCUUUGACCAUAUACGCACUUUGAUGAUACAGAUUAAUGUAUAUCAUUAUGUACUGACUGCCAGCACAACAUUUCUUUGUAUAAUUUAAUAAUGUUUGAGUACUUUGAUGAUACUUUUUUCGUAUAUAAAUGUUUGACAAUGUU